AUGAGUGACUCGGAAGACAUUCAACAAGAGAAUAAUGUAUGGAGUAGCAAAUACUUCGCUCUUUCUAUGGGAGCAAUCAUGGUAUUGUUCAUGGUUCGCCAGUGGUCUCAAUUACUGUCUUUCCAUUAUGGGCCCAGGCAAAAGACUGGCAUCUUCGCCAGGGACUUCCCCAGAAUUUCCCUGGCUUCGAGUCGCUUUUCUCUCAGCAAGUUCUUUGGAUUUGAAGUCGACAGGUUACUUCUGUAUACAAUAUACUGGGCUAUUAACUUGAUUUUACUUUUGACAAACAAUAUCAUGGAAGCUGAAAAUAUUGCAAGACGGCUGGGUUGGCUCUCAGUUGCAAACCUGGCUCUCCUCGUGUUCCUGGCUCUCAAAAACACGCCCCUUGCACCUCUCACAGCGCAAUCCUACGAGAAGUUACGUCCGUUGCAUAAGACUGCCGGCUACACCUGCAUCCUCGUUACCGUCCUCCACGGCCUUAUAUUUGUGAUCGAGUCGGCCAUCACCGACAUAUUAUACUACUUCAAAGAACAAAAGGACUAUGCAGGAGCUAUUGCUGGGCUUGCGAUGAUUCUCAUUGCUGUCUCUACUGUUCCUUGGAUAAUGCCGAAACAGUAUGAAGGUGAGCACGAGCACUCUCAACCAAAAGGGCAUUCACUGAUCGAGACAGUAUUCUACAUGAUGCAUGUUACAAUGUUCAUACUCAUCAUGGUCACACUCGGCAUGCACCGGCCCGAGUUCAAAGACUCCACAAUUAUCAUCACCAUCUUCAUAGCCUGCCUCUGGAUGUACGACCGCAUAGUCAGGACAGGUAAACUGUGUUGGAAUUUCUUUGGAAACUAUGCCACCAUAACCCCCCUUCCAAACAAUGCAAUCCGAGUACAGCUCAGCCGGCCUAUUUACUCUCGACCGGGAUCCCAUGCCUUUUUGUGGGUUCCUGCGAUUCGAUGGGUAGAGACUCACCCGUUCACGAUGGUUUCGGCCGAUCCGGUUCAAUUUGUGAUUCGAGUCUACGACGGCUUUACCCGUGACCUCUACAAGGCUGCGCAGUCAUCUCCAGGACAAUCUCUUCGCUGUUCUGUUGAUGGAGGCUACGGACAAGUCCCGAACUUUAGGGUCUUUGAUAAGGUGGUUCUUGUCGCAGGUGGUAGUGGAGCUAGUUUCACAUUUGCUGUGGCAUUGAAAUUGAUUGAGAACAUUGCGGAAAAAAGGGCUGCAAAGAGUAUUGACUUUAUAUGGGCUGUUCAAUACGGCGACACAUUGGAAUGGUUUGAAGAUGAAUUGAGACAACUUGAGAUGAGUCCGAUUGUCAACUUGGCCAUCCAUGUCACUCGUGGUUCUAGCGCAUCGUCUCCGAAAUUUCUCCCAAAUUUUGAUAGCGGCGAUCUGGAGAAAGGCGCCUCGAAGAGCACUGGAGAGGGGAGCUCGAUCAAGUCAAUAGAUAUACGAGAGGGGCGUCCUGACAUUUCCCACCUCAUUGGGACUGCUACUGCCUCCGCACAUCCAAAUGAUCGCAUCGUGGUUGGGGCGUGUGGCCCUGUGAAAAUGAUUGAUCAAACACGGAACGCUGUAUCUGAGAGCAUGUGUGAGGACGGCCCAUCCAUAAUCCUAUACACCGAGGAAUUUGAAUGGUGA